UGGUUUCUGAACGAAUUCAAUUAUAACCCGGCAAAAUAUGGAAGAUUCAAAUGAUAUUGACUUUCUUAGUAAGAGGAUUCAAUUCGCAAGUGGCGACGUAGCUGAUAGAUGCGCACAACAAAUUCAUGGCAAAACAAAACAAUCAACAAAAGUUUAUUUUUAAUCGCCUUGCAGCGCCACUUGCUCAGUUGCGUUCGUAGCGAGGGUUCGCGGGGAGUCCGCCUGGGUCCCCUGUCCGCGAAUUUCCGUGCUAUUUGCACGAUUCAAUUUAUAGUGCGUCAUCAGGAGUCGGAGUUUCAUUACAAUAACUGUAUCAGACCGUGACCAGCCAUGAUUAGUUAUCCAUUGAUGAAGCGGCUGGGCAUGACGGCGGGCGGGCUGGUGCCGUUCUUCAAGUGCGUGAUCGUGUACUUCGUGGUGGUGCGCGAGCUGGCGCCGUCGCUGACGGUGGCGGCCGGCAAGUGCGCGCCCGUGCUGUGCCUCAUGCUGUUCGCGCUGCUGCACCCGCCGCCGCCGCACGUGCGCGACCAGGGCUGGUACGCGUCGUGCGUGGCGACGGGGCUGGCGCUGUCGAUGGUGGGCGACGCGCUGCUGGUGUGGCCCGAGUGCUUCGAGGCCGGCAUGGGCGCCUUCGCGCUGGCGCACCUCGCCUACCUCGCCGGCCUCGGCUUCCGCCCGCUCGCGCUGCACCUCGCGGUGGCGUGCCACUGCGCGACGGCGGCGUUCCUGCUGCUGCUGGAGCUGCCGGGGCGGCUGGCGUGGCUGGUGCCGCUGUACGCGGCGCUGCUGGCCAGCACGGCGUGGCGCGGC